UGCGGACACAGUACAGGAGAUGACCAGAGACUGCGGACACAGUACAGGAGAUGGACAGAGACUGCGGACACAGUACAGGAGAUGACCAAAGACUGCGGACACAGUACAGGAGAUGACCAGAGACUGCGGACAUACUACAGGAGAUGACCAGAGACUGCGGACAUACUACAGGAGAUGACCAGAGACUGCGGACACAGUACAGGAGAUGACCUGAGACUGCAGACAAUACAGGGGAUGACCAGAGACUGCGGACAACAGUACAGGGGAUGACCAGAGACUGCGGACAGUACAGGGGAUGACCAGAGACUGCGGACAGUACAGGGGAUGACCAGAGAUUGCGGACA